UAGGCUAUGCAAUAUAUUGUUUAUUUGAGUCGGGAGCUCGAGACAAAAUGUCCCGUUGGUUUUACACCGUUCCCGAAACUUCGCGAGGGUUCGUGGAGGAAGUGGUGAUCCAUGUUUGGAGAUGUUAAGCCUGGGGCGCUGCCGGCGAGAAAACAGUUAGCUUUGGCGAGACGCUCAUCAGUCAUCCGGUGCAUUUAUCGAGUGGAGGAAACUCUCAAAGGAUCUUCUUGAUCAUGGCUCAGGCUAAAAUACAGGCUAAAAUGAACGAAGCGACCAAGAGCAAGUUCAGCAGGACCAUGUCCAUGGCAGAUCGUUCUGGGCGUCUGCUAGAAAGUUUGGAUCAGCUGGAAAUUAGGGUGGAGGCUUUACGCGAAACAGCGACCUUGAUGGAACAGGAAAGGGAAUCCAUCCUGGAAAUGCUUCAGUCCUUACAGAACGGUCAAGAAAUGCGCAGCAUCUCUGAUGGGGAAAGGGAAGAGUUAAGUCUGACAUCUAACCGACUUCUGGGUCGGACGCUCUGCGUAGAAGUCUCGGUCGGAGUAAUCAGAAAUUCCGAGCAAGAUGAUGCUUUGCGCCAGGCGACAUCGAUGAUUGAUGAGAUUGUCAAAAAGUUACUGGAAGACACCGGCAGCAACCGACAGCGUCUGAUGGCGCUGCAUGCAGCCUGCGUGACCGAGGCGCCACCUGUUGCCAUCGAUCAGAAAUUUCAGGCCAUCGUGAUCAGUUGUGCGUUGGAAGACCAGAAGAAGAUCAAGCGAAGACUUGAGACUCUUAUAAGAAAUGUCUUCAACGCAGAGAACACCAUUAAACUCAUGGAUAACCAAAAGUUAGAUCAAGCCAAUGGCGCCCAUUGAGAAUUGUGUGUGUUAAGAUGCAGGAGAACACAAAAGUGCCUAUUUUUAGUAGCGUUCACAUACCAAAGACAUGCAUAUAGAUAACUCCUGAGUGUCGGAAUGUGUUUGCAUUCGCACUGAACUAUAAAUACCCUCUUUGGGUUUUCUUCAGAAUCACAAGCCGAGUGUAGGCUGAAUGUAUCUCAAAGGGUUGAAAAAACACGAUUUUUUUUUAACUAGUAUACAUUUUGAUACGUUUUAAUUAAAUAUUUCCGUAAUUGAUGGUGUUAUGUAUGAAGAUAAACGCAAUUAUGCUAUGUAUCUACUUGACCCCACUGUAAGUCUUUGUCAUUGUGGUUGAAGAAGUCUCAGUCAGGGGCCUGUAUUCUACAGGCCCUGUUCAACAAUUCCUACCCUUAAGAUGUGACACACUCACUCGCACGCACACACAUACACAAACAUUACACCCUAUCCUAUAUAAAGACACUUAAUACUCUUAUUGAACACUAUGCAUUUAAGCCUUAAUCAAUUUAACUAAUCCUGCAUGCAAUAAAGCACACUUUGUUUUGACAAAAGGUUUUUGUCUUCAAUAAAUUCCUGUAUUUUCUUUCAA